UGCCUUGGCUACUUAUAAUAAACGUCGCUUCCCUCACUUGUGUCCCGCUUUACAGGAAUUGAUCUUCACUAAAUACCAACACAUCAACGCCUCACUACAAUCGCCCAAAAUGGUUCAGAACAAGCAGUUCAUCUUUGCUGACUACCCAGACGGGCUGCCCAAGCCUGGCAAGGACCUCACCGUCGAGAGCACAGAGUUCGACGUUGAGCAGCAACCACCACAAGGCGGCUUCACUGCCAAAGUCCACUAUGUCUCUUUCGAUCCAUAUCAGCGUGGCCGCAUGAGGAAGCCAGACGUCAAGUCCUACUCUCCACCGUUCGAGAAGGGCAAGCCAAUCGUCAACGCGGCUAUCAGCAGCGUAAUCAAGUCCGACAACGAGAACUUCAAGCCCGGCCAACUGGUCCACUACAGCUAUGCAGCAACACAGGAGUACACUGUCGUCAGCGCCGAGGAGGCCAAGGGCUACAAGGUGAUCGACAACCCGUUCAACCUCGACCCUAAGAACUUCGUUGGACCACUUGGGAUGCCUGGUCUCACAGCUUACAGCUCUCUGUACGAGAUCGGCCAGCCAAAGAAGGGACAGACAAUCUUCAUCUCAGCAGCCUCCGGAGCCGUAGGCCAGCUUGUUGGUCAGCUCGCGAAACACGAAGGCCUGACUGUGAUCGGCUCCGUCGGCAGCGAUGACAAACUGGAGUACAUCACCAAGGACCUAGGCUUCGAUGCUGGGUUCAACUACAAGAGUGAGAAGCCACUCGAAGCACUUCAGCGUCUGGCACCAGAGGGUAUCGACAUCUACUACGAGAAUGUGGGCGGCGAGCAGCUCGAGGCCGCCAUCGCGCAUCUGAAGCAAUUCGGACGCAUUGUUGCUUGUGGAAUGAUCUCGCAAUAUAACCUCAAGCCAGAGCAGCAUUACGGUGUGAAGAACUUGAUGCAGGUCGUCGCAAAGAGGUUAACUAUUCGAGGCUUCAUUGUCGCAGACCCAGAUUUCGGUCCAAAGUACUGGGCAGAGCACCAAAAGAAUGUGCAGCAAUGGAUCCACGAUGGCUCAUUCAAGGUCAAGCUUCAUGUCACCGAGGGCAUCGAUAACGCUCCUGAGGGCUUUGUUGGUAUGCUGGAAGGCAAGAACUUCGGCAAGGCGCUGUUGGAGGUUAGCAAGCCUCAAUAGCUGGCAUUGUCAUUCAUGAGAUUAUGACUAUUUAGUACUGCAUAGCGAGCAUAACAGAGGAUUGACACAUUGAUCAAACCC